AUGACUGCUGGCCACGCUAUUUACCCAAGCCUGCAUGGCAAGAAUGUGGUCGUCACAGGCGGCGCAGAGGGCAUCGGCGCCGCCGCAGUCGAGCUAUUCGCGCUCCAGGGCUCGCGCGUCUUCUUCCUGGACAUCGCUAGCGACUCGGCUCAGAAAACCAUCGACCGGGUGGCCUCGGUCUCAUCCAAGGAAGGGGGCCCGGCCCUGGUACCACCGGUCUACUUCCACUGCGACGUGACGGACCUGGACAGGCUGCAGGCGACGGCCAGCAAGAUCCUCGAAGAGCACGGCGUCGUGCACGUGCUGGUCAACAACGCGGCGGCGGCGGCGGCGGCGUGCCGGGUGGGCACGGAGGACGUCACCCCCGCGUCGUGGGACCUCAGCAUCAACACCAACCUGCGGCACGUCUUCUUCCUGUCGCAGGCCUUCCUGCCGGCCAUGAAGAGCGCCGGCGGCGGCAGCAUCAUCAACAUGGGGUCCAUCACCUGGCGCAUCCCCGCCGCCGGCACGCCCGCGUACGCCGCCUGCAAGGCCGGCAUCAUGGGCAUGACGAGGUCCCAGAGCAAGGAGUUCGGCCGGUUCGGCGUCCGCAUCAACAGCGUCAUGCCGGGGUCCAUCGCCACGCAGCGCCAGGUCGACGAGGUCCUGACCGACGAGUACCGCGCCGAGGUCUUGAGGUCGCAGAGUCUGCAGCGGCACCUGACGCCCAUGGACGUGGCAAAGGUUAUUGUGUUCCUGGGCAGCGACGAGGCCAGCGGUGUCACUGGGAGUUCGUACACCGUCGACGGUGGUUGGUGCAGCGACCCUUGA